UGUUUCAAUUAAUGAUUGUAAGUAUUGCAAUAUAUUUCCCUACCGAAUGUUCACACAAUUUGCUCGUUACUUUCUAAGUUUUUACUUUCUAUAAGAAAAUAAAUUUCACGUAGUAAAACUUUAAUCAAAAUAACCGAACUACCAUGCCGUCGCGUCCGUGAGAUUUCAUACGGGUUAACUGUAUCUUAUUUGCCAAGUAUUCCGAACUUCUUUGCAUCAAUGUAGCUUUCGAACUGCUAACAAUAAACCGGAAAUGCUUGAGAACAACGGGAUCUAUUCCAGGGUUGAUUGUCGUUUGUUGCGCUCACUUUUUCCAUUGUCGAACGUUCAACUGCUAUUAAACGUUUAACAUAUAUUUACUGAGAAUGCUUUCGUAAAAAAUAAAUUAGACGAUUCAUAUCGUAAUUCAGAAAGUUAAAUUGAACGAAUCCGAUAAAAAUCUCUAUCGUAACAAGGCACGAUUGUUCCACGCAUCAAAUCUUUUUAUUCAACGAGAUUCCGACGUAAGUUCGAAAUUUUACGUUUUUUUACGCCAAAACAAAAAUAAGAAACUUUAUACAGAAAUUGUAUUAUCAUGCAAAAGCCUUUAAACGAUAGAUUAUCAAUAGGAUUAAUAGGAUUAGAUUCGUAGAUUAUUUACAGAUUAUUCGUAAAACGAUCAUACGAUUUUAUUACGAACAGAUUGUCAUAGAUCGUUCGUAGAUUAUUUCCAAGAUUCCAAUAUUUGUCUAUUAUUUGGAACAUAUCGUACAUUUGAAACGUAUCCAUGGAUUAUUCCUGAGAUUCUAUUACAUGUGAAUUAUUUGUAGAAUUCUAUAAUUCGUAGAUUAUUCGCGCGAUUCUAUUAUACGUAAAUUACUCGGCGAUUAUUCAUAAAAGUUUCUUCCGUAAAAAGAUAAAAUAUCAUGAAUAAAUUGAAUCGCGAUGCGCGCAACUAUAAAUUCACUUGCCUCGUUCGUCAGAAUAGAGAGAAACGUGUUUUAAUACUUGAUGUGUAUCUACUUUGCGACGGGCAACAAGAUUCUGCACUUACCCGAUAUAAUAUCAUAGCAAAUUCGAUAGUCAUUGCGAAUUUUGUCGAGAUAAAAUCGCCGGAGAAAUGAACUAGGAAAGGCAAUCGGAAAAAUAAAAUAAAAAGAAAUUCGAUGGUUUGACAAACAGUCGAAUGCGACUGAUAAUACGAAUUUAAUUAACUACAAUUAUUACAAUUACCAAUGAAAUUAAAUGAACGACUACUCUUAAUGAAAACACGUGGAUACCCCGUGAAUGUAAGAUGCUCGUUUCUUUCGUCGAAAAUGCUUCUUAUCUAAACGAGAAUCGGUCGAUCGCGGCUGCAGAUCAAUUAAAUCAGUUCGGUUGAUCUAGUCGCGAUUAAAAUGCAGUAAAUGAUAAUAAAUCGCAGCUUCCGCGCAUAUUUCUGUUGUCUGUACACCGGUUGAUCAUCGUGUCCUUGAGACCGCCACAGUUCGAAGACAUUGUUCUGCUUCAUUAAAAAUGGUUAAUAUGGAUAUGCAAACUGAGUUCCAAUUCUUUGCACGCGUGCCUUACGUUCACGGGAUAUUUAAGUGAGUCGCUGUUACGGACUAAACGAUGCCAGUGAAUACGACCGUAGGCACUAUCCUUUUGGACGAGGAGCUUCGGCGUAUUUUGCAGGAAAGGGAGCUGGAAUGUUUGCAGCUGCAGGCCAUGAAUUCCACGCCACCACCAGAGCCAUACUGUCCGAUGACAUUUGACGGAUGGUCCUGCUGGCCAAAUACUCCAGCAGGAACGACUGCAUACAUCCAGUGUCCAAAUUUCGUCACUGGUUUCGACGCCUCGCUGCAAGCACAUAAAUAUUGUGAGUCGAACGGUACCUGGUUUCGACAUCCGGUAUCUGACCAAGUGUGGAGCAACUACACGACGUGCGUCAACCUGCAAGAUCUCAGUUGGCAGCAAGGAAUUAGUGGACUGUACGAAGCUGGAUACGCAAUAUCGUUGGUAGCAUUGCUAUUGUCGUUAGGUAUUCUCACAUACUUCCGCUCCCUGAGGUGUGCAAGGACCACUCUUCAUAUGAACUUGUUCGCCUCGUUCGCUGUAAAUAACGCACUAUGGCUGGUGUGGUAUAGAUGCAUCGUCGCGAACACGGAUUUACUAUUGAACAAUGAGAUAACAUGUCGACUGCUACACAUUAUUCUGCAUUACUUUCUACUUACUAAUUACGCCUGGAUGCUGUGCGAGGGUUUUUAUCUGCACACCCUGCUCGUUAGCGCUUUCACCAGCGAGCAUAAAUUAGUAAAGUGGCUGAUGGGUCUCGGUUGGCCUGUACCUGCGGUUAUCGUCACGAUUUAUGCCUCUUUAAGGGCGACCAGCGAUGACCCUGCGGACACAGGACAAUGUUGGAUCAACGAGGGUAACUAUAUGAACGUGCUGGUCUACCCAGUCUGCGUUUCCACCCUGUUGAACGUGCUUUUCCUCUUCAACAUCGUUCGAGUUCUAUUGAUGAAACUGAGAGCUGGUCCUACGAUUGGCACUCAACCUUCCAGGUCUAUGCGUCAAGCAUUUCGAGCAACGCUACUCCUCGUACCUCUUUUGGGCCUACAUUAUCUUGUCAUCCCCUUCAGACCGCCGAAAAAUCAUCCCUGGGAGCAAUUUUACGAAGUUCUCUCCGCCAUAACGGCCUCUUUUCAGGGUCUCUGCGUGGCCAUUUUAUUCUGUUUCUGCAACGGUGAGGUAAUAGCGCAAUUUAAGAGAAGAUGGGAAGGCACGUCUCUUCUGCGGAAUCGAGCCAAUUCUUGCACAGCUACCACCGUCUCGGUCCGAUGCCGGGAGAGGAGAAGGUGUGACUAUCGGUCGUCCGUGUUGGAAGUUCCGGACGAAAAACGAGCCGUGGACGACCGUCAGCAGAUCGUUCAACUGGUCGCCGCUACUCCCGUCCCCAAUAGUCACAACAAUCACGCCAGGAUUCUCAUUAAGUCCAACGAGUUGUCCGACUACGAUCAGACGCAGUGUUGAUAAUUUUGACGGCUGAUCAAUGAGAGACUGAAACUACUGAAGCUGGCGAAAGAACGUCACCGAGCGAACAUCAAAGAGUGUUUCAUUCUACGGCGAGAAGAUUAAGGAGCUUAAAGAUCGCGUCAAUAAUAUAGCAAACAUGAAGCAGGAGUCCUUUUAAGAGUGGAUGUACUAAAUGAUCAUUUUUUUUAUGAAGACUGUUGGAAGUGAUGAACGUUGUUUUAUUCUGAAAUGAGAAUGUUGAGAAUUAGUGAAGAAGGUAUAUAUACAAUGGCUACAAAAAGUAUUGACACGUAUCCUUAUCUUCCAACGAAACUUUUUGUCAGAUUCUAUACGUUUCACUUUCACAGUAUCAUAUUUUAUAGUUGUAUAAAAAUUAAAUUGUACGAAAUUUAAUAUACUUGGACCUAAUUAACUAGUAUAUAAAUGUUAUAAUAAAUACAAAUAUAUGAAAAUAGUUUUUGUAGCCACUGCAAUUUGAUAAUUAGAGUUGUGAAGGCUAGUUCUGUAUAAGUUCUAAUGAAUGAAUGAUAUUAUUGAAAAGA